AUGGACAACGACUUCUACCAGCCAGAAGAUAGUAAUGCUGGGGAUGUGCUGGAAGACCUCAGUGCAGCUUCGCCCUACCAGGGCCCUGGUCUGUACCGAUUCGCUGGGUAUCCAGACGAUCCAGAGGACGAUUUCCCGGAUCUUCAACAAUAUAUGGAGGAGCUGAUCAGUGAGUUGCGUAUUUUGCGCCAGAAAUGUGCGCGCACUCCGGACGGGAUGAGUAUCACCUCUGGGCUACUCAUCGACGAAAUGUAUCGCGUCUGGAAGUUGAUGAAUUCGCCUACUAAUGAUGACCGUAUAGAGUGA